UCGCGCUUUGAUUCUUGGUCGUGUCCAUGUUGAGGUACGAUUCGUUGUCUGGAAAUGUUGUAUGAUUCAAAAGCGGGAAACAUCUCGCCGAGGGUGUGGAGCGGGAAAGCACUUGGCCGCGCCAUGUUCGUGCAUCUCUUGUGGUGUAUAGUCUACCGUUCGAGUAAGAAAAUAGAUUGAAUCGCAUGCUACAGGAUUCGAGAAGUAUGAGAAAGCGAAACCAAUGUUGCAUCGGUAUUAUAAUCGGAGCCGGCGAUGGUCGACGUAGGAGAUCUUUGCAAGCAAGAACGGCCCGGACAGCAGUCGCUCGCAACUUCGUCAUUUGAAACACUCCUGGCUCAAUGUCUACAUGUCCUUAUCUGGUAAGAUCGAGACACUCGAUGCUAGGCUCUCGGUCUGGACUUCUCAAACAGUACUGUAGUAUGAGCUUCAGUCCGCCAGCACUCAAGAGAAGGCGGCUGGGCAACAACGAAAGACAGCCCAUCACCGUGACGGUCAAGCAUCCGGACAUCAAUCAUCUCCAAGUAUACUCCUGGAAUAUCAACGGUAUCCAACCCUUCAUACAAAGGCCAAUAACCUCCUUUUUCAGACCCAAGAGUUCGACCUCCAAAGGGCCAAAAGGAGACGCGCCGACCACAGCUUCUCUUCGGGAUUUCCUACGACGACAUGACUGGCCUACAAUCCUUUGCCUUCAAGAGGUGAAGAUUAAGCCAGAUGAUAAGGCGACCAAGUCAGCAGUCCAAAAAGCUGUCAAGAGCACUGUAGCGGGCGAGCCUGACUACGAGGCUCACUUCUGUCUGCCGACCGAUCCUCAUAAUGCUCGUGGAUUUGGUAGAAAAAUCUAUGGUGUAUGUACCAUCAUACGUAAAGACUGGAUCGCAAGAUUCAAACCAGUUGUACGAAAUGUGAGCUGGGAUCUUGAAGGUCGGAUCCAGAUCACCGAAACAGAGAAUCCGUCGUUCAGCAUCUGGAACAUUUAUGCUGUCAAUGGCACGGACAAUGCUUACAAGAGCCAGACUGGAGCUGUCGAGGGGACCAGACACGACCGGAAACUAGCGGUCCAUAAGCACAUACUCGACGAGGCCAAACUGCUCGAAGAACAGGGUUAUCAUGUGAUCCUUGCUGGCGACAUGAAUAUCGCUCGUUCCCGUAUAGAUGGUCACCCUAAUCUACGGACCUAUCCUCAGCAACACGUUAUCAAUCGCGCCGACUUCAACAAGAAGUUCUUCGACACGGACAACGGGCUCAAGGCUAUUGACACAUAUAGACACAUCCAUGGAGACGAGAAAGGAUACACGUAUUAUCCUCGUGGGAGGGAGUUCGGAAGUAGCUGUGAUAGGGUUGACCUAAUCAUUUGCUCCAGGUCACUGGGCAGAAACAUCGUGGAUGCUGGUAUUUGUGCUACGGAGAAGGAAAGAGGACCUAGCGACCAUGUCCCUUUGUUUGCGAGUUUUAAUCUUGCUCAGAACCCAAGUGGUGGCCCCGAAGAGCUAACUAGACGGGACGACAUGACCUGAGAUGCGAGACUGUCGCGUACAAUUCGGAGUUGUGCGAGGGCCAUCAGUAGAUAUGGUUUAAACAUCAGUAUAGCAUCUGGUUAUGGCAGCUGAGGCACGCCAUCAUAAGCAAGUUGUCAUUGUAUCCUUUCAUGUCUGCCUGUACUAUAGCUCUUGCUAGACGGCGGAAGUACAAGUCAGGCCAACCUUGGUAUAUUACUCCAGCCCUCCUUUGACAGUCAUCGGCGCACUCGCUACAUAUCUUCUGUGUCUGUGGUAAGGAGGACCAUUGAACGAGUUCUCUGGGAGUAAUCUCGUGGCCAGUCUGUAUGCAGACUUGCGAGGAAAGACGCUUCAUGCUGCGCUCGGCCUGUCGUCUCGAUUAUCGUAAAUCGUCGUCUUGAAGAACAAAUGUCCAAUGUUUCGAGCGCGACAACUUCUCCCGUCGAUCCUUCAGCCGUCAGGUAUCGGCUG